AGGACGCGCGAGAGCCGGGCAGUCCUGCCUGGGCAGGUUUGCGCACAGAGACCUUCCAAGCGAUGUCUUGUUAGAUCCGGAUUCGGCUUCGCAUCUUGCUUGAUCGGGAUCAAACCCUCUCUUAAAAAAAAAAUAAAAAAUAGCGCGAAGCAAGCAAAUGAUAUAAUUUUCAAAAACCACUCCAUUUCAAAGGAAAUAAGUUUUAAAAACCCACAAAGCGCACCACCCUCAGUAUAAAUAUUUUUUUGCGAGGCAAAUGCCUUCGCGGGCACGUCCCAACGGCGUGGCAACUCCUGGUCCCUCGUUUCAAGGCGCUAGGCAGCGCUGAGGACUGGGAGUGAAUGUUAAUUCCUUCGUAGCCGAGUUGAUUUCUGAUUUAUUUAUUUAAAAAAUAAUAAUAGCGAGCACACACACAUCUCCUCUGCUUGCCUGGGCAGUUUUUUUUUUUUUUUUUUGCACUGCAAUGCACUGAUGCCAUUGCAGCAGCUGUUCGCCAAGCCGUGGGGAGGAAAGACCCUUUUGAAAUCUCUCUCGUUUCGCUAAAGGAGUCCCAGCCGCCGAGGACUGCUCCAGACAAGACUGCAGUUCGCCUUCCUCGGCUGGAGAUCCAAGGGCGUCCAGCUGCCGAUCGCGGGAUCUCCACCUCGGGACUGCAAUGAGAUUUGAAGAGCUCGAGGCAAAAUCUUCUGGGCUCCUCACACUCCAGUCACAGGAAAAGAUCUAAAUCUGUUUCAUGAAGACUGCGGUUUGGUUGAUUGUCAAGAUGAUUGCCUGCUGGAAAACCUGUGUCUUGGCAGCCAUUUUUCUUCCUCUGGCUGCUCCGAUGCAUUCAGACUGUUUCAUCAGGAAGGAGCAAGAGGCCUGCUUGGAGACCAUCCGGAAGCUGAACGCCUUAAUGCCACUGAACGAAUCGGCUCCAGGAUGCCCAGGGAUGUGGGAUAACAUUACCUGUUGGAAGCCUGCCUUUGUGGGCGAGGUCGUCUUCGUCAAAUGCCCAGCGCUCUUCACAAUGGUGAACUUCGAUGACGGCUGGGAUGUGAAUAGCUUGGCCUACGCACAACCAGGUGACCUCGAACUCCUGGACAACGCAGACGAAAUUCUAGGUGGAUCUGCAGAUUUAAAGGUUGUCGGUAGGAACUGCACUGAGGACGGCUGGUCAGAAUCUUUCCCCCAUUACUACGAUGCCUGCGGGUUCGAUGAGAAUGACACCAUGGGAGAUUAUAACCAGGAUUACUACUACCUCUCGGUAAAGGCUCUGUACACAGUGGGCUACAGCACUUCCCUUGUGUCGCUCACCACUGCAAUGGUGAUCCUGUGCCGUUUCAGGAAACUGCACUGCACACGGAACUUCAUCCACAUGAAUCUCUUUGUCUCCUUCAUCCUGCGAGCCAUUUCGGUCUUCAUCAAGGAUGGAGUUCUGUACGCUGAACAGGACAGCAACCAUUGCUUUAUCUCAACGGUGGAAUGCAAGGCCGUGAUGGUCUUUUUCCACUACUGCGUCAUGUCCAACUAUUUCUGGCUCUUCAUCGAGGGGCUGUACCUUUUCACCUUGCUGGUGGAGACUUUCUUUCCAGAGAGGAGAUACUUUUACUGGUACACCAUCAUCGGCUGGGGAACUCCUACCAUUUGCGUCACCAUCUGGGCUGUCCUUAGACUUCACUUUGAUGACGUUGGCUGCUGGGACAUGAACGACAACACAGCCUUGUGGUGGGUGAUCAAAGGCCCUGUGAUUGCAUCAAUAAUGAUCAACUUCUUGCUUUUCGUGGGCAUCAUCAUCAUCCUGGUCCAGAAGCUCCAGUCGCCUGAUAUCGGGGGCAACGAAUCCAGCAUUUACUUCUUCAUGGUGGAAAGAGAGGAGAAACAUGGCAUAUCCCAUCGCAGCUGCGUUCAGAAAUGCUACUGUAAGUCCAGCAGGGCUAAUCAACACGCUUGCAGGAUGUCAGAACUGUCCACCAUUACCUUGAGACUGGCUCGCUCCACCUUGCUACUUAUUCCACUGUUUGGGAUUCAUUACACGGUGUUUGCCUUCUAUCCAGAGAAUGUCAGCAAGAGGGAGAGGCUGGUCUUCGAACUGGGACUGGGAUCUUUCCAGGGCUUCGUGGUCGCUGUACUCUACUGCUUCUUGAAUGGGGAGUUUCUCCCUAAAGGUGCAGUCAGAAAUAAAGAGGAAAUGGAGGAGCUGGAAAGUCAACCGGUACUUUGCUGUGGAUUUCAAGCAUCGCCACCCUUCCCUAGCAAGCAGCGGUGUGAACGGGGGGACGCAAUUGUCCAUUCUGAGCAAGAGCAGCUCACAGAUUCGAAUGUCGAGCAUAAAUGCGGAGAACCUGGCGACAUGAGCGCAUGAGCCAUCUUCCUUCCCCUCCCCAAAGGGGGUGGGGAGGGGAGAGAGAGAGAAAUCUCCUUUUGGAAACGAAACAACAUCAACAACAACAAAAAGGUCAUAAUUAAUUUUGGUGGUGUGGGGUGGUUGUGUCUGUCUCUGUGUUUUGUUUUAAAAGAAAAAAAAGCACCCACCUCCCUUUUAUUAAAAAAAAGAGAGGGAGAGAAACGAAGUCGUUCUGGAAGCAUGAGACGUCAUCCCUGAGGGGUGGAAGAUAAGGCAUUGGAGAGGAUUGUAAAUAUGCAACUGAGAUCAUCCGGACCAAAAAAAAAAAGAAGGCAUUCAACUCAUCCACCAUCUCAGCACGCUGCAAAUAAUUCCAUUGUCGGCCUGCCAUUUUUGGUGAUUGUCCUCUGUCCCAUUGUGAAUUUUGAGUGCCAAGCUGAUACCUGUGAAUGAACCAUGUAUAUUCAUCUCCAAUGCAUCUCCCUCUGUCUUGGGCUAGUCUCCGCAUCCUCUUUCAUGACAUAGAAUGUAGCCUAAAUUCUUCAGUGGAUGCACGACCAACCUUGAUGAGAUGAUGUUCGUGAUGGAUCCCACCAGUGGCUGCCCAAGUGUGAGGCAUUCAGUGAGGUUCUGCAGAACUGCGCCAUGUGGACAGCAGCCACUCGAUGGUUGGAAAAGCCAUGCCAAGCGAAAAUGGAGCCAACCGGUGUAUUCCGUCCUCCAGGAAUGUAUUAGAAAGCUUCUGUUAUGCUGUGAAUUUUCUAAAAGGGUCGUCCAAGUUAAGAUAGAGCUAUAUUUUUGAGGUUGAUGGGGGAGGGGCUUCUUUUUUUUAAAAAAAGUGGAAAAUAUCUAUCUAUAUAUCCCCCACGUUAAGUCUACAUGAAUUCCUUGAAGGUCAAUUCCUCCGGACUACAUGCAAAACCUUCUCCACUGAUACAUUUCCACAGAAAUAAGGAUGUAACUGGUAGUUGUGACCCCCGACGGCACAAGUUGGUUGUGUGCCCCACAAACUGUGGGGCUUUUGCUGCGCCAGGGUUCACGUCAAAAGGGCUAGGCAAUUUUUGUGGGUUCUACAUAGCUAAAACAGGGGGGUCCAUUUGGGUGGGUCGCAUAAGGUCCAAGAUCCAAUGCUGUGGCCAAGAAAUAAUAUAGACUUUGGAAGUGGGGAAACUUGUUUUUAGAUUGAGGCACUUCCCACGCCCCCCAGGGGAGAGUUUAGUUUGUUUAGGAAAUCAUUAAUGCCUUCAAUAUAGGUUUGAGUGGGGAAUUUCUUCCUCGCUCCCACCUUCUAGUCAGAGCCACAACCGAAACAUAGCUACUUCAGCCGAAUUAAAACAAUGAUGUCAAUUCUCAGGAGACUUUGUGCAUUGCAUGAAGGCCUCUGGACUUUUUAUCGUUCCUCUGUGAGUUGUAUGAGCCUGUCUUAGAUGUUCCUGAUCCUCUCUAAUCUUUUAAUGUGAGUGUGUGAGCUUGCCUGUGUGUGUACAUUAGAGAGGGGGGGAAAUGUUGCUAUUUUGUUAACGAAUGCAAGCUGAGGCCAAGAAAGUUGCAACGAAAGGGCUGGUUCUUUCUCCUUUGUUUAAAUGAACGGGGUUUUUAAAUAAUAAAAUAAAUAGAGUGUUUCAGAGGGGGUGGGGAUGGGGUGGAGAAGAAGAAGUGGACCAUAAGGUGGAGCAGGGAGGGAUGGGGAAUUUGACUCUGCGGAUGUUGAUGGACUACAAUUCCCAUCGUUCCCAACCUGCCUGAGGUUGAUGGGAGAUGGAAUCCAACCACAUACAGAUGAUCAUCUAGAACAGGGUUGGCCAACUCCCGAGAGACUGUGAUACUUUCAGAAUUAAAAUCUGGGUUCAGGUCUAAGUUGUUGAGCAUUCUUUAGGGAGGAGGAAAGCCCCAUUUUUAGACUUCCUUAGGAGGGAAGUUCUGGGUUUUUUUUUGGGGGGGGGUUAAAGGCAAGGGUCAAAGGGGGGAAAGUCACUCACAAUAAUAUCUCUUUGAAUGAAAGCAGCCACAGAGAGAAAGCUCCAUCUUCCCUUCCACUGAUCAGACAACAAUGGAAGGUGGGGCGAGGGUGCGGGGCAGGAGUCAGUUUCAACGACACUGAGGAAAGGGAGCCAGAGAUUGACCCGCGAUCUACCAAAACCUCGCAGGGAUCUGCCAGUAGAUCGCAAUCGACCUGUUCGACAUCCCUGACCUAGAACAUACAGAGGACCAUAGGCUCCCCAUCCCUGAGCUAGAGCUUGAUCUGUACAUGUUGAGUAGCACAAUCUGCUCCUUCAUCUUACAUGGGGGAAGGGCCAUAGCUUAGUGGUAGAGCAUCUGCCUUGAAAGCAGAACAUCCCGGGUUCAAUCCCCAGCAUCUCCAGGUAGGGCUGGCAGGGACCCCUUGCCUCAAAUCCUGGAGAGUCGCUGCCGCACAGUGUAGACAGCACUGGGCAAGAUAGAGCUGGAGCAAUGGUCUGACCCAGUUCAAGGCAGCAUCCUGUUUUCCUGUGUUCCUAAUCUCAUGCCAUGCAUGGACCAGUUUGUCAGCUUCAACACACAUUAGCUGCCAUCUUGGCUCCAGUGUGCAUGGAAAAGAAGCUCCAGGAGAAAUAGCUUUGCACACCUUGUGCAUCAGGAUAUCCAACACAGCCCGCUGGCUAAGCAAGGAACAGCCACAGUGGUGCCCUCUGGGUGAUAAUGAACUACAUUGACCAUCAUCCUUAGCCAUUGGCUGUGCUGGCUGUGCCCACUGGGCAUUGUAGUCCAACCAUCCUUGAAGGGCACCAGGUUAGCUGCUACCUCUGGGCUGGGCCAUGUAUGGUGGCCCAUCAGGUCCUCCACAACCUUGUCCUUCCCUUGUUUGGCCAGGUGGUUUAUCAAGUCCCAUUUGGCUCAGUGGGUCACCAGUUGUGUUGAGAACAAUGCAUGAGUUCCUUUCGGUAUCAGAGAGAGCUGGGCAUAAACACUCCUUGUCCCCAUGCAGUCUUCUAGUGGCAUCAAAGGGGGAAGGGAGGUCCCGAUUAGCAUUGAGCCCUCUGGGUUUCUGGAAAGAGUAGUCACCUCUUAGGAGCCUUGACUGCAAAGUCUCCUCGCUGCCACCUCCAACCCACCACUACAAAUGGGAUGGUUGUCGCAGGCUGAAAGUUACCUGCUUGCAUAUCCUUGCAUAGCACCUAACAGAUUCCUCCAGCUGCCAGCAUGGAGGUGGGUUGGACACUACCUCAUGGUAAUUGUAGCCAUCGCAUCUUAGCAGAGCAACCAUGGGGUGAAACAAAACUGACUGGGAUCCAGAAGGGUGUUGCCCCAUUUGGCAGGGGGUUGGACUUGAUGGCCCUUGUGGUCUCUUCCAACUCUAUGAUUCUAUGAUUCUAUAAUUCUAUGACCAGCCCUGGGGGCGAGAGAAGCAAAGGCAUCAGGGGCUCUUCCCCUUCCAAUGACUGGAUUGUGGCCACUGUGUACAAAAGCUCCUUUCCCUUCUUUCUGGGAUUUUGUUCGCUCACGUCGUGAUGUUGUGUGAAAUGUAUUUUUUUCAAUAUAUAUCUAUAAAUCGUUUGUUUGUUUUUUAAAGACAUGAGCAAAUGGAUGUGUCCAUUUAGACCAGGGGUCAGCAACCUUUUCCAGCCGUGGGCCGGUCCACCGUCCCUCAGACCAUGUGGGGGGCUGGACUAUAUUUUGAAGAAAAAAAU